AUGACAGGGUAUGCACGCAGCGGAGCUUACGCCGUUGUUAAAGACGAAACUUUUUGUAGAGUGUGCCGCCUGCUUUGCAGAGUCUUCAAGCCAUCCACAGCCCUCAGCGAGGAACAAAAAAAAUGGGAUGUGAUCAGCCUUGGAGACCGACAGCUUACUGUCAUGCACAUGCCUGGUCAUUCAAGAGGCAGUAUUUGCUUACAUGACAAAGACCGGAAGAUUCUGUUCAGUGGAGAUGUUGUGUACGAUGGAUCCAUGAUUGACUGGCUUCCCUACAGCAGAAUAAGUGACUAUGUUGCAACCUGCCAGCGUCUCAUAGAGUUAGUGGACAGAGGUCUUGUGGAGAAGGUACUCCCCGGGCAUUUUAACACCUUUGGAGCAGAAAGGCUGUAUCGUUUAGCUUCCAACUACAUUUCACAAGCUGGAGUUUGUCACAGAGUUUCCACUUGUGCCAUGAGAUCCAUUGCAAGCAUAGCACUUCGUAUUACAAAUUCUAGAGCCGCUUCUUCGUGACAGUGCAUUUUGUGUGAUUUAUUCCCUGUUGCAAAACCAAAUGGCUUGUGAAAGCAUUGAGAAAGGCAAAAGCCGUAUGCAUUAGUAAAGAGCUGGCAAAUUGAUAUGGAUGAGCUGUAAAAAUACUCCUUAUUUUGCCUACUUUAUUCCUAUUUUUUAAAGAAAUACAUAAGCUAGUAGCUUAGCCAAAGCUACCGUUUUUCUUUCUAUUUUUCAGGGCGUGUUUGCACAUGUAUUGUGAUUGCCAUUUGACUGCAAUUUGAAAUACAUUGCUUUAUUUUUGAUAUGAUUCUGACAGAUACAUAUGAAAUACCAAAAUGAAAGGUUUUACAUGCCUAAAACUCAUGCCUGAAACUUUUUUGAUGUAGCAUUAGGGUAAAGGUUUUAUUUGUGUUUAAAAGUAUUUUUAUGUGGCUGGAUUGUAACUUGGCUGUUCGUCCUUCUCCCCCACCACAGAGCAUUGAGGCUCUACCGUUCCCUUGUCCCUGUGUCUCCACAGUGCAGACACUGGAUUAAACAUCUUGUACACUUGUUACCAUGGAGUGAAUGUAACUUGAACUGUUUACCAUUUGCAUAUGAAACGUUCUGGUACUUAUAUUGUUAUGAGAAGUAAAGAGCAUUGCAUUUGAGUCUAUUCGAAAAAAAGUUGAAUGCAUUGAAAAAAUGUUAAAUGACGUUGUAACUUGCUUAUUGGGGUGGAAGUGUGAUAUUUUUAAAAGUUGUUGAAAUGGUUAAAGUUUGUGUAUUUAUUCUAAUAGCUUAUAUAUUUAGCUUCUGUAAAAGGACACUGUCUGAUGUUAUUUUUGUAUAUGAACAUACAUACUUUCCUAACAAGAUUGGUUUUUCUCUUAACGUUUUCCUCAAACUUAGCAGAGUUUAAUCUUACUUGUUUGGCUUUCCCUUUAUGUGGAAGCAUUUUUUUUUCCCUCUGAUGAUACCAAAUAGAAAGCAAGCUCAAAUUAUGGGCUUUAAGGCACGGGGGUUAGAAAUUAGUGGUCUUCUCAAUAGGCUAAAUUCUGAUGAGGGGAGAAAAAAAACCUACUUUAGAAUCUAGAUGCAAAAUAAAAGUAUUUUUGAUCAAAAUUUAUGAAGGAGGAGAUCUCACAUAAUAUUUUUCUUCUCUUUUCAUAGCUGAAUGCACUCCUGUUUUUAGUAUUUGAAUAUAUCCUCCACCAAUAGUAGUACUGAGAGGUUGUGACAUGCACAGUUCUUGAUAGCAGUGCCUAUUUCCCUUUAUAAGCUGAGGCAAAAUUGCAAGUAGGUGGACAGAUGUAACAAUGUCAUACUUGGAAGACAGGUUAUCACUUGGAUCAUAGUCUCUCUUUUAGAGAAAUCUUAACUAUUUUAGUGUAUUAUUGAGGAAUGUUUAAUUAGUGGAUAGACUUGUCACAAAUGAAGCUAAGAACUAUUUAUAUUGGUCUCAUAGGGCCAGAGGAAAAAAUGUAGUCAGUCUGGGGUGGAAGAAGUCAUUCAGUGAAGAGGCACAAAAGAAAUUUCACAUUGUGGUUUUCUUUCUUUCCCUGCUGACUGACACCUGCUGUUAUUUAGGUAGCAGUCCCAAAUUAUUCUUGAGGGGCAAGGAUUCACAGAUGGGCAAUCAUGCCGAUCUGUGGUGGGAAAGCUUACACCAGUUAUCUGGAUGAGACCAUGUGUUACAGCUUACCCAGAAAUAACAUUUGAUUGAAUUUCUGCAAAUAAACCACCUGUAGCAUAAUACCGAUACAAAUCUUUAUGCUCUGUGAAGGCUGUAACAGUAUCGGUGAUACCUACAGUAGACAAGAGAUAUCUAUUCUUUCAUAAAGCCCACCAAUAUUGAACUUAAGUUGAUUAAAAAAAAAAUUUACCAGUGUUAAUUAGUCAAGUGAGAUCACACUAACUUAGUUUUGUGUUGUACAGUUCUGUUUUAUUUAAUCCAGUCUUAGGAGCCCUAAAACCUGAUUCUGCUGUAUUGGGAAGCCUAAGCUCCUAUCAGGAGGCUCACAGGCAUGCCAAUUCAAAAGGAAAGAUACUGUCUAUCACUUGUGUUUAAAUCUGUGCUCAGUUCCAGCUGUGCUCAGUAUCAGCUACAAGAGCCUUAAAUGUUCAGAUCACAGGCAAAACACCAUGUUAAACCAUGCUUAAGCCUAUGAAGUCUAUGUCAAGGAAGAAACUUGACAAUUGCUGUUAUCUACAAAAAUCCCUGGAAUAUUUCCCAAAUCAGCAGUGAGCUUAAUGUGAACAUAGCCUGGAAUGGUAUGUUAGUAAACCGCUGCUGUAAUCCCAUUGAAAGAAGUUGCGAGUCUUAACAUUAUUUUUGUACUAUCAGAAAUUCACUACUAAGUAAAUGACAUGUUUUAAAUAUAAAGUAACUGGCUCUGACUAUUUUUGUUUAAGACUACAAAGUUUUAGUCCAUAAGAGUUUGACAGUGUCCCUUUAACACUGCUUGCAGUAAGUAUUUAAAAGAUGUAUGUUAAGUUUAAAUGUUGCAACAUUUUGGACAUUUAGAAUUGUUGAUUUAUUUGUAAAAUCUAAAUCAAUGUAUAUUACUUCAGUUUUCAGUAGACUGCGGAAUUUAUGAAAAAUUCACAUGAGAAUUUUCUCUAAUGUGUCAAGACUUUACUGAUGGUGAAUAACAGUUUUCACAGAAGAAACAUUUUAUCAUGGAUAUCAUAAUAAAAACAUUGUAAACUUA